AAACAGGUCUAGUUGGUCUGAGUAGCUCUAAGAAACCACAGAGUCAGUGAGUGGUAGUCAGAAAGCGUCUGUCUUUUGUUUUCUGAGUGUAGCUCUUUCUGUUGUCAACAGGAAUAAAAGUCAAUAUGCCUAAACAGAAGAAUAAAGGUAAAUCUAAGAAGCCUACAUCGAGUUUCACUCAGAUGGAUUCAUCUUACAAGGAAAAACUGGAAAAUGCAGGACUCACUUUGAAACAAAAGGAAGAUGAACUGAGCUCAGUCAAAGUCAGGUUGACUGAGAUGGAGACAUGGUACAAAGGGAGGCUUGGUGAGGCAGAAGCUGCUCUGAAACAAAAUGAAGAUGAACUCAAUUCAACUAGAAGCAGUUUCACCCAAAUGGAUUCAUUUUACAAGGAAAGACAGGAAGAUGCAGGACUCACUUUGAAACAAAAGGAAGAUGAACUGAGCUCAGUCAAAGUCAGGUUGACUGAGAUGGAGACAUGGUACAAAGGGAGGCUUGGUGAGGCAGAAGCUGCUCUGAAACAAAAUGAAGAUGAACUCAAUUCAACUAGAAGCAGUUUCACCCAAAUGGAUUCAUUUUACAAAGAAAAACUGGAAGAGGCAGGACUCAUUUUGAAACAAAAGGAAGAUGAACUGAGCUCAGUCAAAGUCAGGUUGACUGAGAUGGAGACAUGGUACAAAGGGAGGCUUGGUGAGGCAGAAGCUGCUCUGAAACAAAAGGAUAAUGAGCUGAACUCAGUCAAACAAAGAUUGACUGGAAUGGAAAAAAAGAUGACCAGCAGACUCACUGUUUCCAGUUGGACUGAGGACAAAACAAUGACUGUCCAAUCAGCAAACAAAGGAGCUGCUGGGAUUGAGACAUUGUACAGAUUUAAACCUUAUGAUACAAGUGUUGCUGAGAUUGAGAUAUUUUACAAACGGAAAUUGGAUGAAGUGAGUGCUGCUCUAAAACGAAAAGAUAAAGAAUUGAAAUCCUUUAAAGACAGAUUGGCAGCCCAGCUCACUGUUUCAAGAGAAAACACAACAUCCUACAAGAUGGAAGCAUCCCUUAAAGAGCAGCUUCAUAAGGCCACAGUUGCUCAGAAACAAAAAGACAGAGAGCUAAAGUCGAUUAAAGACAGACUGGCAUCCAUGUCAUAUUUAUUUAAAUCUGGAGACACUGAGAGCAUGAACAACCCGGCCAGUAAAACCAGACUGACUGAGAUGUACGACAACCUGAAACUGCUGCAGUGGCCAAAAGUCAAAGAUCAGCUGAAGUCCAGAAACAUCCAAUCAAAGGUUGUUGAAGGUUUGAUUCAGGAAACCUUUUGGACUGCAGCAGGUGAAGCAAACAAAAGGAAGCAGCAGAUUGAAGAGGCAUUUGGACUCAGUGAAUAUAGCAGUGGACUGACUGCACAGAAGGUUAAAGAGUACAGACAGCUAACAGUUCAGAACCUGCAGAUGGCGCUGUUCCACACCAACAAAGAAGAACUUCUGAAGCCUGGUUUUCCUGAACUUGGAGGUCCGUACUCAGAGGAAGUGAAGGAGAAUCUGAGACCUCUGAUAUCUGAAUGCUACUGGCUGAGCUGCUUGAUGGCUUUAAACAAUCCUCCUCUUCAGCCGGACUGGAAGAACCUCGUUCCUUCGAUGGAUCCUUGGGACAUUUUCCCUCGAAACAUUACAUCUGCUACUGUUAUGUAGAGGAAAAGUAGUUUUGCAGCACAGCAUAGUUGGUGUAGUUUGGGUAUGCUGGUAAUUCCUCUUUUUUCUGAUUUAAUUUCAGUGGUAUUAAAAAAUCAUGAAGCCGUUCCAUGUUUGUUUUCAAUAUGCUUCACCAGUUUAUUUAGAGCUAAUAAUAGGAUCAGACAGGGAGGCUGAACACUGUUGAGUAAAGUUUCAACAGUCUAAAGCCACAUUUCUGCAUGAAAAUACUUUGAAUUUGUCUGAUGUAAUGUUAUAAUCUGGAUUGACAUAAAAAUAAAAUUGUGAAAAUUG